AUGCCGGAGUUUAAGUGGACCGGGCCGCUGCGUCCGAUGAAGGUGUCGCCCAAGCGGUCGGUGCCCAAGAUUGGGUGGCUGUGCCCGCUCCCGGACUACGCGCGGACCGGCUGGCCGGAGGCUGAGUUCGCCUCGUCCCUGCAGCACAAGCUGGAGGUAAAGACGCCUGAGCAGCUGGCCAAGAUGCGCGCGGCGUGUUCGCUCGGGCGGGCCGUCAUGGACGCCGUCGCCGCCGCCAUCAAACCCGGCGUCACCACCGACCAACUCGACAGGAUAUGCCACGCGAUGACCCUGAUGAACGGCGCGUACCCGUCCCCGAGGAACUACAUGGGCUUCCCCAAGUCUCUGUGCACCUCCGUGAACGAGGUGGUGUGCCACGGCAUUCCGGACGCGCGGCCCCUGGAGGAUGGGGACAUCGUCAACCUGGACAUAACCGUGUGCCUCGACGGGUACCACGGUGACCUGAACGAGACGUACUUCGUCGGAACCGGAAGUUCCGACCCGGAACGCGCCGAACGGGCCAAGGCGCUGAUGAAGUGCGCCCUGGAGUGCCUGGAACUCGCGAUGGCGCGGUGCACGCCCGGCGCGCGGUUCAGGGACCUUGGCGAGGCGAUACAGACGCACGCCAACGGACGGGGGUACGGCGUGGUGAAGGACUUUUGCGGUCACGGCAUCGGGGCGCUGUUUCACUGCGCCCCGAACGUCCCGCACUACGCCAAGAACAAGGCUGUCGGGGUGAUGAAGCCCGGGAUGACGUUCACGAUCGAGCCGAUGGUGAACGAGGGGACGCACAGGACGAAGCACUGGCCGGACGGGUGGACGGCGGUGACGGCGGAUGGCGGGCGGAGCGCGCAGUACGAGCACACCAUGGCGGUGACGGAAACCGGCCUGGACGUUCUCACGAAACGCACCGCAAACUCGCGCCCGUUCUACUGA